AUGUGGCAGACCCUUGAAAGCGACCCCGGGCUGUUUACGGAGCUGAUUGAACGACUAGGCGUAGAAAACGUGGAGGUUAGAGAGCUACUUAGUCUUGAUGUUGAUUCGCUGGAACAGCUGGGCAAAGUGUAUGGUCUAUUGUUUCUGUUCAAGUACCGCCGGCGAGAAUAUACGGAGACCAGCGACCAGGGGGUGCCUGCUGAGCAGUCGAAUGUGAUAUUUGCCCACCAAAUAGCACAAAAUGCCUGCGCAACCCAGGCAAUUCUCUCUGUUUUGUUGAAUACGCCUGGGCUGGACUUGGGCCCCCAGCUAAGCGAAUUCUGUGAAUUCGUACAGCACCUUGACCCAGAGAGUCGCGGCGAUGCGAUUGCGAUGAGUGAAUUUUUGCAAACCCAGCACAAUUUCAUGUGUCGACCUCAAUUGAUGGUGAACGACGGCCCGACGCCGAUAACGAGCGAAGAAGAUGACGGUCUUUAUCACUAUAUUGCAUAUGUACCCACAGAACAAGGUCUUUUUGAGCUCGAUGGACUCAAGCAAGCGCCCGUAUUCCACGGGGCAAGUUCACUAGAAAACAUGGUCAAAGUCGUUCGGAAAAGAGUCGAUAGGCACAGAGGAGACCUCCGCGUCUCUCUCCUAGCCGUCACGCAGGAUAUGCGCCAAGUGUAUGAGCAGCGGGGACAAAUAGACCUUCUUGCUUUCGAAAGCAUCGUAUACGGAAUUGAUUUUUACGCUAUUAAAGCAGUUGGCAAGUAA